AUGGAGAAACCCAAUGAAAUCUGCAACUACUCAAAGGGAGAUAUUACAGACGAUUUGAAAAAUAAAUCUUGUCAAAUUUCGUUUUCAACAGAAUAUGAUCAGGUAGAACAUGAACCACUAAAAAGUUUCCAGCAGUUCGAUGCCUUGUUUCAAGACACUACACCGCCGUUUGGUUUAUACGAGCAUAAGAUGCAAGAGCUCGCAGACAUCGAAUCUCAAUAUUCCGAGCUUCUCAAACCACGAGUGCGAAGUCAUAACCGUGUCGGUAGCUCAGAAGAGAGUGGCACGAAGUUAUCAACUGAUGAUGUUAUUCGGUUAGGUGGAGAACGUUUCAUACAAUCGCGUUCAUCGAGUUCCAUGAAUGAUAUGUCGAUAUUGACCCACCCAUACGUGGAUUCAUUCUCGGGCCUUUCCGAUCAAGAACUCAAAGAUGUUCAACUCAUUGAAAUUUUUUUACUUUCAUCGGAGAAAGUCACCCAACAACAAUUUGAAAGAUCGAGUAAGCUUCUCGACUGGUGUGACACGUUGUCAUCCAGCUUAGGAAACCCGAUUCAAAGAGUGGUAUAUUAUUUUUCGAAAGCUUUACGGGAGAAGAUAGAUAAAGAAACCCGGAAAAUCAACUUGUUCACCGGGACGGCAGAGAAACAUGCUUAUGACAUGGAAGAGAGAAUAAUGAACACUACUACAAAUCUAAUGGCGAUUUAUCAAAAGUUACCUUUUUAUCAAGCGGGUCAUUUUUCGGGCGUGCAGGCUUUGCUGGACCAGGUAUCCAGGUCGAGAAGAGUUCAUGUAAUCGAUCUCGCAAUACGACAUGGGGUACAAAUUAUGAUUCUAAUGAAAGCACUUGCAUCUCAACACGAUUUUCCUAUUAAGCAUCUUAAAGUAACCGCGGUUGGGACGGGUUUCGAAGAGAAAAUCAAGCAAACCGGUGAUCGAUUAAAGAGUUUUUCAGAAUCUAUGGAUUUAUCCUUUUCUUUUAAUAUAGUCAUAGUUGAAGAUAUGCUAGAUUUUAACAAAGAGCUUCUUGAUUUAGAUCCAAGGGAAGCUGUGGGUGUUUACUCAGCGCACGCUUUAUGGAGCCUGAUCGCACAACAAGACCGUUUAGAAUCAUUAAUGAAAGUUAUAAAGAGUAUUAAACCUCGUGUUAUGGUGGUGUGUGAAGUUGCUGCGAAUCUUAACUCGCCCAACUUUGUGAAUCGUUUGAUCGAAGCAUUGUUCUACUAUGGGGCGGUAUUUGAUUCUUUAGAGGAGUGUAUGGACCGAGAAGAUGAAAACCGCAGCGAGAUUGAAUCUAUGUAUCAAGGUGAAGCGAUAAGGAGCAUUGUGGCAGCCGAUGGAACAAAAAGAGCCAUUAGACAUGUGAAUAUGGAUGUUUGGAGGAAGUUUUUUGCGCGAUUUGGGAUGAAGGAGAUUGGACUUAGUAUGUCUACUUUAUAUCAAGCAAAGUUGGUGGCCGGAAAGUUUUCUUGUGGAAAUUCUUGUACGUUAGAUAUGGACGGAUUUGGUAAAUCCGUCAUUAUUGGGUGGAAAGGAACACCGAUCGUGUGUCUUUCGGCUUGGGAGUUCUCAUGA